AUGAUAAAAGAAAAACAAACAACUUUUAAUGAGGAAAUAUCUGGAGCUAUCUAUGGAGGGUUUUCAAAUUAUAUGGUAAGGAAUAUCUGUGAGCCUACUUGUAGUGAGAUCUUAAAUCCUUUAAACAACACUGACAUAAAGGGAGUAAACAGUAACCAAACUAAUACUAUAGAAGAAUUUAAUAGUAUAUUAGAUUACAUUGACUUACCAUAUACAAAAGGUGAUUCUGACUGUGCUAAAAGAGCGUCAUUAUCAACAAAUUACACAAUUACAUCUCCAAACAGUAACUCUGGCUCUACAGCAUCAAGUGAAGCAUUCAAAUUGGAUAACAGAAAGGAGAACUUAAGGAUUCAGACAUUAAAUUCAAAGUAUAAGAAGAAAAGAAAAAAAAAAGAUCUGCAAUUAAAUACAAUUACAACACCACAUGUUAGUAAUAACAAUAAAGCAGGUAGUUAUUCCACAGCAAUAGACUUGAAUUCUAAAGAAUUCCGUGAUAUGCCAACUGCAAUGCAAAGGAAGUUCCUACAAAUGUUAAGAAACAGACAAUCAGCUCAAAAGCAUCGUGAUAAGCAGAAAAUAGAGAGGCAACAACUGAGAGAUGAAAAUAUUGCACUACAUGCAAAGGUGGUAGCAUUAAGUAAUGAGUUACAAGACCUUAAAUCAAAAACAAUAACAAUAGCCGAGCAUGAAGCAAUUAUCCUACAUUUAAAAAAUAAUUUUAGACAAAUAUCAUAUUUUUCUGGAAGUUUAAAUAACAACAAAUCCAAAGCUGAUGUAAUAUGCAAUAAAAGUCAAGGAUUGGACUGUGACCUUGAAUUUAUUGCACUUGAUGACUAUCCAACAAUGAAUAUAUGGUCAUCAGUAUGUGAUACUACCAAUUUUACUAGAGUUAAUAGUGGGACGAAUAUAAUCAAUUCUCAAAAUAGUGCCGAUUCAUUACUUUGGAUUGGAACAAAUAAUGCUUGGAGUAAACAAGAUAGAGAAGUGGAAGAUCUUUUGGCUAAUAAUAAAUAA